UAGUUUACACCGCGCAGAGCACGCGAGCGCUCGGGUUUCGCUGUAAUAAACACGAGAUCGGUUAUUGUCAUGUAAUACAAUCGCUACUAUAUCGCAACAAACACCGAAGACCGAUAAGCGAUAACGAAAUGAUAAAACUUUAUCAUUCCUCCUUGAUUGCGCACUGGGCGUAGUUGUAUGUAUCUGCAAUUAAGAAAAUAUAAGCAAAAAUGCGCGCCGUUAUUUUGACAUUUCUAUUUUUAAUUUCGAAUUACACAAGUGGCCAAGACAUGAUCAGUGAAACAGAAAUUGAACGCGUGAAACUAGGGGACAUUUGCACUUGCAGUGAAAUUCAUGAUGCCUCGGGAACUCAUUUUGUGCUCAAUAUCUUGUGCUCCUCAGUGGACAGGAUAGAGGACUUUCAAGAUUUAGACAAAGUGGAAUGGCCGCCAAACCCUCACGGACUGAAAAUUGAAGCUAAUUUUCAAGCAGUGGGAAUCACUAUUUUAGCUAAGUUACCACCAAACUCCCAACUGGAGACUCUAACGUUUAACAGCAAUGCUAUCAACACGUACUGGCCCGACCCCUUCAGCGACUUGCCCAACCUUCGCACCCUCUCUUUCUACCAGAACGAGCUCUCCAGCGUCUCCUCAGACCUGUUCACCAAACUCAACAUGCUCGAGGACCUCGAUCUCUCAUACAAUAAACUUUCCAUCUUCAGUCCGAGAGAUUUCAAAACCUUGAAACGUCUAAAAAGAUUGAAUUUACAGAGUAAUCAUAUUCAGUAUGUUCCAUUGGAAGCAUUUAGGCCUCUGGUUGCAUUGGAAGAGCUGGACUUAAGCAGGAACAGCUUAUCUGGUGAAGUCGUGUUGAGAACCUUGGAUGGAGAACCGUUGAAGAGUGUAAAGAGGUUGUUGUUAAGUGCCAAUAGGAUUACGACAGUGACUAAAGAUUCAUUUCAAGAUGACAAUAACAUUGAAUUGUUGGACCUUUCCUAUAACCUCAUCCAGAACAUUGAUGAAGACGCAUUCUUGACUUGCGCGAACCUCCAGGAGCUUAACCUCGGUAACAACAACAUUACAUUCGUCUUCCAACUGCCAUCGCUGGUGCAGAUCGCCAUUUUGAAAACCAACACCCUAUACCAUUGGCCACAAUUCCCAGCCAGCAUUAAGUUGAUCGAUUUAUCUUAUAAUCGAUUGUCUGAUGUAUAUGAUGAGAGCAGAGCCGAAUUCGACAAUCUUGAAGUUUUGGACAUAAGCGGAAACCAAAUAACAGAUUGGACCGUGGAGAAGAAGCUAAGCAACCUAAUAAAUCUAGAUUUAUCCUUCAACGCCCUGAAAGAGAUACCAAAAACCCUUAACGCAGAGCUACUACCAAGUUUGAAAGUCCUAAGACUGGACGGCAAUCCUUUAGAAACAAUUUACUUCAAGAACAUUCUAGCACUGAAGAAUUUGUACUUGAAUGAUCUGGAAAAGCUGAAAGUGGUUGAUGAUAAGGCGUUUAGUAACGUGGUCGGGAGAGACGAGACUGAUGGACAUGAGAUGAUGGAUUUAAGUUGUUUUUCGUUAUCUCUGAGCAACUGCCGGUCACUGAUGGAGAUCAGGAGUCGAGCGUUUGAUGGAACUUCUUUGUGUAUGCUGGACUUGAGCAAGAACAACCUGACGCGUCUUCCCCGGUCGCUGUUGCCCUGGGCGGCCGUGCCGGAGGGCGUCAACCUGCAGGGCAACCCCUGGGCCUGCUCCUGCGACAUGGAGUGGAUGCUGGACGACGUCCUCGCCAGGAUGUACGAUAACAACGCUAACCUGCUUCUGGACCUCAGAUGCGCGUCGCCGCGCGCGCUGCGCGGGCUGCGGCUGGCGCACUGGUACAACUGGACCGAGCGCCCGCUGUGCGCGGACGAGUACGAUGUCUACCCCAGGGCUGGCCCACACAAUACUUACGUGAUGGAAUCAACAUCAACGUACACGCCCAAAGUGAACACACUGACAAUAAUUCUGGGAACUUGCAUCGUCACCUUCCUAGUGGUGGCUGUGGUGCUCAUAGUCUACCUCAUUAGGACCCGGAAGAGGCACAGAGCGAGACAGGCUGCUAUGAACAGAAAGAGACAGAGCGCUAUCGACGCUAAGCACAUCAAUGGAGCAGAUAAGGAACAGUUUUCGGCUUUGAAUAAAGCGUGAGAGUGGAGACUAUUUUUCAAAAUUUAUAGGUUUAGGUAUAUAUGGAGCAAUGGUGGUCCAGUGAUUAUAAAGGUCCCAGUUUCGUAUCCUACUCCACACGCGUCACGUGCCACAUUAGUUUGUGUACCAAUCUCCAAAGAAAAAGAUCAUUUUUCAUCAUGACUCGACCGGAGAUCGAACCCGGGACCUCUCGGUUCACAGGCAACUUUACCCUACGCCACCGAAGUCGUUAUAGAUGUAAGAUGUAAAUAGAUAUUUGUGUAAUUAUACUUACCUGUGUAGGACAUAUCUUCGGAACCCUAACAUUAACCGUGGAUCGACACCCACUUGAUCGGUUAUUAUAUUUUGCUAAUAAUUAUGUACAAAAUCAGUUUCAGUGGAAUAUUAUUAAUUUUUUAUGUUCCACCUCGACUCGACCAAAUUUAACAGAUUCAAGAUCCACACAAAAUGUCGAAUAUACAAAACAAUGUGUCAUUAUACCAAAUAUUUCUUUAGGUAUCAAGUCAUUAGGUUUACGCAGAUUUAUUUAGAACUGUUUACAAUAUAUUGUUUAGGUUAAGUUAUAAGAGCCAUUUUUACCAAUGUCUACCUAGAUUAAGGGAUUAAUUAAUUGCGUAAACAUAAAUAAUGUGGAGUUUAACUUAAUUUAUUAGUUUAAUAAGGUACAUAAGGCGAAAGUUUUGUGGCACACUCACUUCCACCGCACCGCUUCACCCGGCAAGUUAUUCAUUGAAAAGUGAGCUUUAAAGCUUUCUCUGUAGACAUAUUUUACAUUGACAAGACGAGAGCUGGCAGCGAGCAUUCCUAUAAUUGUUUGUCAAUGUAAAGUAUGUCUAUAGAGGACGUCUUAAAGCUCACUUUACAAUGGAUGGCAUAUUACCAGGUGGGAGCGGUGCGGUAAAGUUUUCUAUUAGUUUGAAAGUGUUACUCGUAUACAAAUGUCAAGAUAUAAAAAAGCGAUUGUAUUGAUACAUAUUUUUAGAUUAUAGAUAGGGACAAAUUAAUUUUUUUUUAAAUACAUUUCCAUAUAAAUUAAAUACUUUAAAAUACAAAACAACAAUUAUAUAGUUAAUAAUACAUUUCCAUAUAAAUUAAAUACUUUAAAAUAUAAAACAACAAUUAUAUAGUAAAUAAUUGUUGUUUUAUAUUUUAAAGUAUUUCAUUUAUAUGGAAAUGUAUUUUUUUAUUUAAUUUGUCCCUAUCCAUACAUUUAUAAUGUAAUCCAAUCAUAGAGGAGUAAAAAAAGUUACCAGUAUUUUUCACCAACAUAUAUAUAGGGGUGUAGAAGUAUGUUUUAAAAUAAUGUAGUAAAACAUAAUUAAACUGUCCUUUGCAUUAUAUUUUUAUUGUAAAUAAUAUUUCUAACUUUUAAUGUUACAAUUUAUAACAAUAGUCGUUUACAAAUUUCAUAUUAAUUUACAACGCCUAAAAGUUAAGCAUAAGUUACGAACAAUUUUAUUGCUUGCACAUUUUUAUCUCGUGCAGUUACCAAAGUACAUUAAGUAGGAUAAAUUAUUUUUUCAACAUUUGUAUAAAUCAUAAUUUAUGAAAGUUGCUAUUAAAUUUUUAUAAAUAUUAUAUUUCGUUGUUUCAAUAUUUACUCCUGGUUAUAAAAAUUUUACGUUUGCACAUCAAAAUCAGCUUCGACUCACGAUGAUGGAACAAUUUGCGCGUCAAAUAAGUAUACAUAUCGUCCUUUCCUUUUCAUUACAAUUUCAAUGAGUGAGGUGGAUGUUGUGUUUUUUCACUUAAGAUUGAGUGAGAAGGAGCGAUAAAUUGCGCGUCAAAUGUCCCUUUAUGUUGUAAUCGUGGCUUUAAAUGUCUGCAGUUAAUUUAAUUAAUUAACCCGUCGAUCGAGCAGAAUCUAGAUAAUCAAUCUGUGAAAACAAUUGUUUGACCGGGGCAUUUGAAAAUUGAAGGUAGACGAAUAACUAUUAUGUUGUCUCUGUCUAAACUUACA